GCAGCGGAAGCGUGGGUGAGCGUGGCCCCACUCGGAGGCGGAAGCGGAAGUAUCUGUGACCGGCUAGUAGGAAGUAGCGCUUCCGGGAGUGGAGAUGGCUGCGCUGGCCCCUCUGCCGCCGCUGCCCGCGCAGUUUAAGAGCAUACAGCACCAUUUGAGAACGGCGCAGGAGCAUGACAAGCGGGACCCCGUGGUGGCCUACUACUGUCGUUUAUAUGCUAUGCAAACUGGAAUGAAGAUUGAUAGUAAAACUCCUGAGUGUCGUAAAUUUUUAUCAAAGCUAAUGGAUCAGUUAGAAGCUCUUAAGAAACAGUUGGGGGAUAAUGAAGCUGUUACUCAAGAAAUAGUUGGUUGCGCCCAUUUGGAAAAUUAUGCUUUGAAAAUGUUCUUGUACGCAGACAAUGAAGAUCGAGCUGGACGAUUUCACAAAAACAUGAUCAAGUCCUUCUACACUGCCAGCCUCUUAAUAGAUGUCAUCACAGUGUUUGGUGAACUCACAGAUGAAAAUGUGAAACAUAGAAAGUACGCAAGGUGGAAGGCAACAUAUAUUCAUAACUGCUUAAAGAAUGGGGAGACUCCUCAAGCAGGCCCUGUUGGAAUAGAGGAAGAGAACGAUGUUGAAGAAAAUGAAGAUGUUGGCGCAACCUCUCUGCCCACUCAGCCACCUCAGCCAUCGUCAUCUUCAACAUACGACCCAAGCAACUUGGCAACAGGCAGCUACAGUGGGAUACAGAUUCCUCCAGGUGCACAUGCUCCAGCAAAUACCCCUGCAGAAGUGCCACACAGCACAGGUGUAACAAGUAAUGCUGUCCAGCCUAGUCCACAGACUGUCCCAGCCGUUCCGGCCAUUGAUCCUGACCUGUACACAGCUUCCCAGGGGGAUAUCCGCCUGACCCCGGAGGACUUCGCUAGAGCUCAAAAGUACUGCAAAUAUGCUGGCAGUGCCCUGCAGUAUGAAGAUGUGGGCACCGCUGUGCAGAACCUCCAGAAGGCCCUCAGGCUGCUGACCACGGGCAGGGAGUGAAGCCUCUGUUCAUGGAACCGUGUGUUUUCCAUAUAGAGAGCUAACAGUCCAUGACACUUGCCUCAGCCUUUCAGGAGCAUGGUUUUACAGAAGACCUCAGUUCCCUGAGUAAGACAGUGACUCUUGUGUGGUUCAGAAGCAUUUAUCAGCUGCCUCAGCCAGUUGUCAUUGAGUACACACUCAAUGUGUAGAGCUGAUGUUAGCAUCAAACCCUGCUAUGAAGUUCCCUGUAGAAAAUCAUGUUGGGUAUAAUAUGCUUUCUUAAUUUAUACACACUAAAGGAAGUUUUUAAAAAGUCUGUAAUAUUCGGACAAAAAACCAUAUUAUGUUGCUUUAAUAUUCUAAAUUAAACUUUUAAUAAAGAUUACAAGAAUAUUCUGGGUUGGAGAUCGUGACUUUUCCCCCUUAGGAUUGGCAAGGCAAACGUGAACAUCCAAAAGUGGUAAAUGAUAAGAGAGGUUAAAUGCAGUUUAUAGUCAUGUUCAGAUAUAACUAAAAGUCAAAGGUCAUGGAAGGAAAAACCAAGUGGAGAGGUAGUAGACAUAUCAUUUGUAUUAAAUGUCUUUAUUUAAAAGGUGAAUUUGACAGAUUCACAUGAAAUUUUUCUGUUUUGUGUCACUUAUGCUAUUUAGAUUGGAAUUCUUUAGAGUUGACCACAUAGACUCUUAUUUAUUAUAGGGAUGGCAGGCCAUGGCCCAUAGGCUCUGUUCACAUAGAGAACAUCAGGACAUGGCCCAUAGACUCUGUUAACAUAAAGGGCAGCAGGCCAUGGCUCAUACUAUGUAUUUAACACAGGAAACAGCAGGCCAUGGCCUAUGGACAUCACCUGUCAUAUAGUUUUAUUUUAACAACAUAAUACCCAUUCAUUUAUAUUUUGUCUGAAUGGUUUACAGAGCUGCAGAGUUAUAUGGUUUAUGUUUAUUAUUAUCUAGCCUUUUUAAAAAAUGACUGAAAAUAUAACCUACUAGAGAGAAAAAGUCACUAACUCACUAUAGUUUGUGUCCACUUUUCUGUACAUCAGUAUGUUACUGUGCAUAGUUUGAUAAAAUGGAUAUACAUAGUGAUGGAACUGUCAACAUCAUCACAGAGAAUUCACGAACUACAUCUCCUGGAAAGUGCUCUCAUGAAAUAAACAUUACUCUAGCUCAGUAUUUGUGUCUGGAAAUCCAGUACUCCAAUAUGGUUCUAUCGAAUAUCAGAAUUAAAACAUGACUUGGUUGAUCAAUCUUCCCAACAGGUAUAAAGAUAGUGUAGCAAAUUUUAUUGCACAUGUAGACAUGUUUGCUCAUUGGAAUUAAAACUGCCACUUCCUGUUUUACUCCUAGUUAACAGAGUAAAUGGAGGUAAGGAGACAACCAUGAAGUUCACUGAUAUAAACCAGAGCCCUUCUGUAAGAUGAAAGGGACACCAGUGGAGUUUGCUAUAGAAUUACAUGCUAUACUGUGUGUAAGGUGCUUAGCACAUAGUAGCACUUAAACUUAUGGAUUAUUUAUUUGGAUACUUUAAAAUUAUGUAAGAUAUUAAUGAUAAUUUGUUUUCCAAGUAUCAAGAAAUGUUUUCUUGCAUGAGGGAACUGAACUAUAUUUAAUAUCUUCAUAUAUAUUCCUAUAAGUUGGGGCACAUUUUCUGGUGUGAGAGGAUAAACAUUUCUCAUAUACUUUAGCAUGUAUUUAUCAAGCUGCUGCUUUGUGCCUGGUAUUGUUCUUUCAAGAGGAAAUGGCAGAAAAUAAAGGCUGCCUCUAAAGGAAA